CUAGUAGCCAUGUGGAACACACUAAUCUGCCUAAAUCUGGACACAUUCUAUCCGGCGCUAGCAAUUCAAGUAGGACUCCAAUGUGAUAUCCUAUGUGCCACUUUGGAUAGAUUGCAUGAAUUUGUGACGGUUAGUGGGCAACUACACCAUGUAGAUGAAGGAUUGAGGAUAUCACCACGUAGUCUAAAAUUCUCAAAUGAAAUGCGCAAGAAUUUACUUGUGUGCAUAAAGCAUCAUCAACAUAUCAUAGCUAUGUCAUCUGAAAUUGAAGAUAUUUAUCGCAAAAGUUGUUUCGCACUGAUAAUUGGAGGGGUUUUCGUUAUAUGUACAUCAUUACUUCAGCUGUCUAUUGCAAGAGUUGGAUCGCUUGCUUAUUUAACGAACUUAUUCUACUUGAUAUGUAUGAACACAGAGCAAUUUGUGUAUUGCUGGUUUGGAAACGAAAUCAUUGUGAAGUCUUCAAGAAUAUAUCGUUCCAUAUACAACACACCUUGGAUAGACUGUGAUGUCAAGUAUCGGAGACUGCUGAUCCAAAUGAUGGGUCAAGCUCGAAGAGGAAUCAACCAAAGAGCUGGAGGUAUCAUCUCUCUAUCGACGGGGACUUAUGCUGCGGUUUUGAGGACAUCCUAUUCCUACUUCACAGUCCUCAGACAAAUAUAAGGUUGGACAACACUUGCUAAUAAAUUUAUUAUCUGUCAUUAGUAUU